AUGAACGAUCCCUCUCUCUUCGACUGGGUCGCGACGAUGAGCCGUGCGACGAGGGCCUCUGAAUCGAGCUCCGAUACGGACGAUGCUGUAGCCUCAUCGAGUCCUAUGCAGGCCUAUGAACAAGAGGACGAGGUGAGCGACGUCGAGGACGAGGGUCCUGGCUAUGCGCAAUUCAUCGACCCAGAGGACGAGGAUGAAGACGAGGUAGACGACGAAAGCGAAGCCGAGACAGACGAAGCAGACGAUUCCGAUGAGUCAGACGAAGAGGAUGCCUUGCGUCGAGAAUUGGAAGCAGUUCCUUUCGAUAAGCUAUUGAAGGCACGUCGCACACUAAAGCAAGCACAGCGCGGCGGACGCGGAAACGAAGGAGCGACGAUGGAUCUUCACCAGAAGCGCGAGCUGGCGAAACAACAACUACGUGAGAUGCGGGCCACAAAGGCGUCUACGUCCAGCAGCGCAGCGCCUGCAUCUCAUGAUGUGGAAACACGCGAGACGAAAAAUGCACCAGCUGUCAUGUCAUCACGGCGUCCUGUGUCGCGCAGGCGCAAUGUGGUCGAACCGAUUCAACGUGCCAAGGCUCGAGAUCCUCGUUUCGAUUCUUUAUCGGCUGGGCCUGUCAACCUGGAUUUGCAUGCCAAGUCGUACAAGUUUUUGCCGGAUAUGUACCAUAACGAAAUCAAAUCCCUCCGCGAUACCUAUGGCAAACUCAAGCGCAUGGAGGCACAUCAUGCAGGACCUCGAGCUAAAAGCGCACAAGCUCUGCAAAUACGCAGCGAGCGUGAAAAGGUAGAGCUUGCUCUACGACGUGCUGAAAGCCAAAACAACGAGCGCGUUCGUCGCGAGCGUGAGCGUAGCGUCAAGUCUGAGUUCAAGAAAGAAAACCAGCGCCGUGUGGAUGCUGGUCUCAAGCCAUACUUCCCGAAGCGGUCCGAGAUCCAGGAAGCUGUGCUUCGCAAAAAAUUCGAAGGUCUUGCUGGAUCCGAAGGCAAGUCGGCGGCCUUGCGAAAGGCGAUGGACCGGAAACGCAAAAAAGACUCACAAAGGGACAAAAAGUCUCUUGAUGCGGCUCUGGGUGGUGGUGCACGCACUGAUCAAUGGUCGUCGCGGCGAAGCUCAUCCGACCGCACGCCUCCGCCACGUAAACGUGGGCGUCGUGGGUAA